CGGUCGUGUAUUUUAGUCGUGACACCUACAGCAUGCCAUGGGGAGAGGCGAGCGGGAAGGUUGGCUGCUGUUGUCAGAUGGAAUGUAGUAUUUAAGCACUAGUGGCCCGAUAAGGUGAACCUACACGAGGUGCGGGACGUGGCCGUAACCACCGGCCCGAUGCGUGGCUGGCCGCCGGUUGUCCUCUGCGCCACCAUGUGUUUCUCUUGCACCCCUUACUUAUAUACGGUACUACCACAACAUAAUGGAUUUCCUCCCUGACCCCAAAUGCACAUGGACCAUUCCACCCGUGGCAUUCCCGCAAAACGAAAACAGGAUCGCGACGACGACCAGCCCAUUCCCCCCCAGAUCGUCAACAAACGUCCUCGUCUCGACCCCCCUCCUCAUCGUCUGCUCAAAAAACAGAUCCUCCCAAUACGACCUCCUCCUAUAGAUCGUCUCGGCAACGACGUCGAGGACAUUGGCCUCAUUCCCAGCGUCGCCCCAGGUCCUUCUACAGGCUCUCUGCUACAUCUACGACGCUCUGCAGCAGCUCCCGCCCUCAUCGACGCGCCCAUCCCGAUAGAUUACAAUAGUCUACAUAUCCCGUCGGUUCAGCCCUAUAUCAGUCGUCAGACCUUGAAGGAGCUCGAUUUAGAAACAAUCUUACGGAACCCGCAGCUCCGUCAUGAUCUUCUCUUUGACUACGGUCUCCAGUUCCGCCCCACAAGCAGCAGACGAAAACGCCAGGUAGCAGAUGCGUAUUGGACAGCAGUCAUACGUGAAGUAGAGACCGGCUGUACAUGUUUUCUAGUUGACAAGCGUGGUCAUCCAGUCAUGAUGCAAGAUCCUACGUGUGUAUGCAGCAAAGUCACCACACCUCCCGCCACACCCAUCGUAGCAGGCUAUCUUCAACCUCAACUUACCAUCAUCCGGACGCCCUCUCGCAUCCGACCUCUCCUUUUAGAGUUCCUUGAGGUUGUCUUGCUCGUCAUUCAACCUUUGCAGAGCAUAUCUACCACGUACGUAAAUUCUGAUUCGUUCCAGACUCAAACGGAAGACCACAUCGUCCAAGCCAACUACAUCCGCUCUAUUUUCGAUCCUGCCUUGAUUGAGCAAGAACUCCGACACAAUGUAUUUGAUCUCGCCAGCCUCAUGCGUGUCAUUGGUGCAACCCUCAAAGGUCAUUGUGCUCCAAUGCGAGAUCAAGCUGUCGAAACAAUGGUUCAAGCUGCAGAAGCAUGCAAGCCUGGAGGCCGCGGAACCAAAGCUGAUGCUGUAAAUGCCGUCCGAGCAUGUAUGGACAUUCUCGAGCUCAUGAAGCUGGAUAUCGCGAACCAUCAACUGCAAACGAUCCGCGCGAGUAUGGCGCGGACUUCUGCGAAUUACGAGCUUAUGAGCUUUAGAAGUCGUAUAGGUGUUUCAAGAUGUGCGCCACUUUGCAAACAAACGUGUCCCAUUGCUAGUCUAUGGCUAUCUCAAGCCUGGGCCAGUCUCUACCAUGGAAAAUCUCGGAUACCCCUUCCACCUCAUACUGAGGGCGGACUCGACUUCCCCGCGCUUGGGAGGAAUCGGCAAGUCUAUCUCGCUGCUCUCAAGGGUAUAACCGAGUUGGCGUUCUUUCCUCAAUUUCUCCGACAACCUAGACCUGGCAAUGAUUCAUUCCCCGCCUCACUACCUGAUCAUCCCGAAACCCUUUAUCUCGAUCACGCCCGGUUGAAAAAUCUCACCAAGGAAAUCGGAGACAUCGUGGCGCUUUACAUGCUCCUUCUGCUCUAUCGACAGCUCUUGUGUUCGUCAAAGUGGAGUGAUGGCUUCGGCCUUCAUUGUGCGAGCGUGAAAGUGGAGAAGGACUUGAUGAGGAUAAAAACCGAAAUACAGGCUAUUGGCUCAGCGAGGCUUUAUGCGAACCUCAAUCAAGGCGGCGGUAAAUGCGCCCCAGUUUCCCCAGAUUGUGUCAGCCGAUAUGUCAAGGAAGAUAUGGUAUUGCAAGUCGUCAUGCGGGCACAGGAGGCACGCAGGAAAGCGGCGGGAUUGUGCUCGGCUUCAUCCUCGCCUUCCACUUGUCUGAAAAACCCUCCAACACCGCUAUACGCCUCAGGGCCCAGCACUCCAGUUACCCCCAGCUCCUCUUCACCUUGGGGCUCUGUUCCUCCCACCCCUUCUCCUAUUUUAUCGUCCGCAGCACAGUCCCGAUCCGCCUCCCCUUCGCCCAUCGCGGGCAUCCCUCACGUUGAACUUGCGGUCGUCACUCCUCCACCUCUUUCGGUGUCGAUCUCACCUAUACCAUCUUCACUACCAUCGUACUUUCCUCCUUCACCUGACCCUCACAUGCUUAACGUCGCUCAACGUUGGGCUGAAGAAAACAUGAACAUUUCAUCGGCUCUCGGGGCCGUUGUCUAUCACAAAUUACAUGAAACAGUCUUUCAGGCGGUGGUUGCACAGACGUAUCCAUCGCGGGAUUCGACUGUUGGAAAAUUAUUUGCUAAUCUUGUGGAGAUGAAUGGUGUUCCGUCCCCUGCUACUCCCAUCGCAGGCUUCGGACAGGACAAGAGGACGAAUACUCUGUCUGCUUCCCUCACAAUGCUGAGUGGGAUGGAGCCACUUGCGGAGGAGAUAAGGGGCUUGAUCGAUAAAAUCUCCCGACUGGCCCUGGUUCAUUUGAAUGUCUACCUUCCCCUUUACGAACGGCCGGACUUUGUGGAGACGAAGGUCCCCUGAUUUUGUCCUUUUUCCCCUCUCAUCAAACUGCUUUCGAACGUUUGUAUCACCACGCGGCUUUGCCCCUAAUCAUACUCGUCUCGGACUUUGAUUCUUUGACCGAAAUUCUGCGACACCCUUCUACUUCUACCCUUUCCAUCUCCGACUUUUCACGUUUCAUUCACUUAUCUCAUGAUAUAAAAUAUACCCCCCAUCGUUCCCCUCGACGCCAUUUUCUCUCUUGAUUUCCCCAUCUUAAUACCACCGUCAUCUCUUUCUCACAUCACAAAUCAAAUCCAAGGCCAAGGAAGCAGCUAUAGCAUCCAAUUUUUUCUCAUCUCUGCUUUCCGACAUUGACAGUUUUUCACGCCUUUGCAUUUUUCUCCCAUUGGUCACAAUUAAUAUCACAAUCACACGCAUCGAACUGUCCUCUUUGUGCACAAGCCUACAUACCUGCAUAGAUAGAUAAAAGGAAAAGUAAAAAAAUCCGAAUAAAGUUGCCUGUCCGUGCAUUCCAGUCACUACCAUCAUUUGUUUUGCAUCUUCACAC